UUUGCUCCUUUUCUCACCUUUAAGAAUUAUGAUUAGUUUUACUGUUAGGUUUGCAGCAUGAUGGUGGGAUCCUAAUCCUAAUUUUUUCACUUUUCCCUCCAUUUCAAUGACAUUGGCUUCUGGCUAAAACAUUGAGGAAUAGAAUUAAGGAUUAAUUAAGAAUUAAGAAUAACCAUUAAUUACUUGAUGAUAAUUAAGGCUAAUAUGUUUUUACUUUCUGGUAAAUAUUCACUUAAUCCUAGUGAAGGCUUAUUAUCAUAGGUUGUUAUGAUUAGCUUCACAGAGUCUUGUGUUUUAUAAUUUUGUUGCAUAUGGUACUCGCAAUUCCUAAGAGAAGACUUUCAUAUAGAAGUGUCUUGUCAAUUUGUGUGCUCUCCUGGUGGCUACAUGCUGAAAUCCUUAGACAACCCUGCCUCUUGUUAUGAAGUCAGGCCUGGUAAGAAUAGGUAAAUGUCAGAAACAAAUGCAUUAGCCUUACUGGAAAUCCUGCCCAUUUUCAGUAAUAUUCCAUUAACAAUUCAUAACAAUAUGUGCUUAAAUUUUUGAAGUAUAAUCAUACCUGGUAACACUGCAGCAUCCAUUUUGCCUGUGAUUCUAAUUUCAUACUGUCAUGUGGAAGAUAUACCAUUUUAAUUUUACUUUCCUUGUUCUAUAGGGACUCCAGAGAACCGAUAGAAGGUAUUAUGUUAAGCAGACUUGAGGUUCUGCUUUCUCUGCACUUUUUUGUUAAAUUCUCCAAUCUCUAAGGCUGAAAUAUAUAUAUAUAUAUAAAUAUAUAUAUAUAUAUAUAUAUAUAUAAAAUUUGGGGAGAUAGACUGGUACAUGUUCCCAAGUACAGGAGCAAAGAUGCAUGCCAAAGUAAUUUCAGUGACUAUAGACAGAAUGGAAGAUCCACCCGAAACUGAAAACUCUGAAAUUUACAGUCAAAAUAAACUUAAAGUUAAAAAAAGUCAUUUCUGCAUGAUAGGUGAAUCAAGCAGAGAAGUACACAGAAUUCUAAACAGAUGGUCAGUGGAACUACUGAUGAGUCCAUUUAAAGUGAUGAUAGUGAUGUAUUUGGUUUGAUCUCUAACUAUUCUAUUAAUUUAUAUUAAUGUUCUUCUAAACUCAUAUGGUAGCAUAAAGUCAAAUCAUGCCCUAAUGUGUUUCAAAGUGUUUAUGAGACAUGAUUUUUUUUCCCAUGUCAUUCAACUUUUGUUCAAGGAUAUGUCUGUGGAAAAGAGCAAAGUUACUAUCUUUGGAGCUAUAGUCAAUAACUUUUAUUUUUUAACUUCCAAAUAAUUGAAUCUUUUACAUUUCUGACCAUGAGAGUCAAAAUUAUUCUGCAUAUAUUUCAAAUAAUUCUAUUAUUUUGAAAAAACACAGGUUUAAAAAAAGCUACUCUUUUGGCAUGGUAGCUAUUGUUGGCAAAUAUGUUGAAAUAUACUAAUUAUUUUAAAGCAAUAUAGGACACCUUAGAUGACUGUAAUGAAUACUAAAGUGGUUGUAUUCUAGUUCUUAAAUAUGGGGGGAUGGAUUAAGCCUAGAUUUAAGACCAAAAAUAAUUUUUAUGCUCAUCUUUAGUACUUUCCUUUGUGGAUACUUACUCUUUAAAGGAUCUACUGUGAUUGCCUCUUGAUAGAACUGGAUAGCAGUAGGCGAUGGAAUAGGAGAUCUGUUUUGCAUUCGACAUUCUUCUGUGCCUUUUAUAUAUUUUUUAAGAACUGUUUCACCCUAUUCAAUAUCUAUGUAAAAUUUUAACAUAUAAAAUAUUGGUUUAGCCAAAAAGUUCAUUCGGGUUUUUCCGUAAGAUGUUACAAACUUUUGGUCAACACAAUAUAUAAUAGUUUUGACCAUGUGAAAAAAAAAGUUUCAUGAAGAAAACAGAAUCACUGGAGGAAUAAGGUUCAAAUAUUUUAGCUGCGGUCAUCUUGUCUUUAAAGAAAGACUUCCUGAAAUAAAGCAGAAAACGUAAGCUGCGGUUCCACACGAAGCCUCUGGGCGCCGCUGUCGGCCAGUGCAGGGCAAGCUCUGAAGCCCGGGAUUCCUCAGCCUUUAGGCAGGGAUUUCCUGCGCAGCCACCAACACAGAGAGAAGGAAACCCGCUUAUACACUGGGGCUCCUGGCCGCGCAGAUUCUCCCUAGCGCACAAGGAUUCCCAGCCCCUAGACUGGGGGUCUGCCUGUCCUGGGCCAAAUGCUUUACCAGUGUGCCAUGUGCACUUUCUCCAACUAGAAAGACUGGGACCCAGCAAGAACUAGAGCGCGCAAUGGGAGGGAGCUGCACGCAGACACGCCCGGCUGACCGGAGGCAGGUACUGUUUCUCUUCCUGCUGCCUUUGUUCUACCCCGCGCUCUGCGAGCAGAUCCGCUACUCGAUUCCCGAGGAGCUGGCCAAAGGCUCCGUGGUAGGGAAUCUCGCCAGGGAUCUAGGGCUCAGUGUCCUGGAUGUGUCGGCUCGAAAGCUGAGAGUUAGUGCGGAGAAGCUGCUCUUCAACGUAGACGCGGAGAGCGGGGACUUACUUGUAAAGGACCGAAUAGACCGUGAGCAGAUAUGCAAAGAGAGAAGAUGUGAAUUGCAGUUGGAAGCCGUGGUGGAAAAUCCUUUAAAUAUUUUUCAUAUCAUUGUGAUUGUUGAAGAUAUUAAUGACCAUGCUCCUCAAUUCCAUAAGGAUGAAAUAUUCUUAGAAAUUAGUGAAUCUGUCAGCCCGGGGACUGGAACAAUUCUUGAGCCUGCAAAUGAUCCCGAUAUUAGUAUGAAUUCACUGAGCAAAUACCAACUAAGUCCUAAUGAGUAUUUCUCCUUAGUGGUGAAAGACAAUCCUGACGGGGGCAGAUAUCCAGAACUGGUAUUGAAGAAGGCCCUGGACCGAGAAACGCAGAGCGUUCACCAUUUGGUGCUGACAGCCUUAGACAGCGGGGAUCCGCCGCAAAGCGGCACAGCUCAGAUCCAAGUCCUGGUGGUGGAUGCCAACGAUAACCCCCCUGUGUUCAGCCAAGAUGUGUACAAGGCCAGCCUUCGGGAAGAUGUGCCCCCAGGCACCUUCGUGCUGAGGGUGAGCGCUACCGAUCAAGACGAAGGCGUCAAUGCAGAGAUCACCUACUCAUUUCUUGGUGUGGCUGAUACAGUCCGGCACGUGUUCUCUCUGGAUUCUGCUACAGGAAACAUCAUAACUCAUCAACCCUUGGAUUAUGAAAAUGUAGGAAGAUACGCCAUGGUUGUGGAAGCAAAGGACAGAGGAUCCCUCUCUACACGGUGUAAAGUAAUUAUAGAGGUUUUGGACGAAAAUGACAACAGCCCAGAAAUAAUCAUCACUUCUCUUUCAGAUCAGAUUUUAGAGGAUUCCCCGCCAGGAAUGGUUGUGGCUCUCUUCAAAACACGGGACCAGGAUUCCAAGGAAAAUGGAGAAGUCACGUGUAAUUUAAGUAGAGACAGUCCGUUUAAAAUUCAUUCUUCUUCUAAUAAUUACUACAAGUUAGUAACAGAUGGGGCCCUGGACAGAGAACGGACUCCGCAAUACAACGUCACUAUCACAGCCAUUGACCGGGGCAAGCCACCCCUCUCCUCCAGCACUACCAUUACCCUACGCAUCACUGAUGUCAACGACAACGCUCCGGUUUUCCACCAGGCCUCCUAUGUGGUCCACGUGGCAGAGAACAACCCACCCGGCGCUUCCAUCACCCAAGUCAGCGCUCGCGACCCAGACCUGGGACCCAACGGCCAGGUCUCAUACUCCAUCGUGGCCAGCGACCUGGAGCCACGCGCGCUGUCGUCCUACGUGUCCGUGAAUCCGCAGAGCGGCGUGGUGUUCGCACAGCGCGCCUUCGACCACGAGCAGCUGCGCGCCUUCCAGCUGACGCUGCAGGCCCACGACCACGGCUCGCCCGCGCUCAGCUCCAACGUGAGCCUGCGCGUGCUGGUGGGCGACCGCAACGACAACGCGCCCAGGGUGCUGUACCCGGCGCUGGGACCCGACGGCUCGGCGCUCUUCGACACGGUGCCCCGCGCCGCGCAGCCCGGCUACCUGGUCACCAAGGUGGUGGCGGUGGACGCAGACUCUGGACACAACGCCUGGCUGUCCUACCACGUGCUGCAGGCCAGCGAGCCCGGACUGUUCAGCGUGGGGCUGCGCACGGGCGAGGUGCGGACGGCGAGGGCCUUGGGCGACAGGGACGCGGCCCGCCAGCGCCUGCUGGUCGCUGUGCGCGAUGGGGGACAGCCGCCCCUCUCGGCCACCGCCACGCUGCUCCUGGUUUUCGCCGACAGCCUGCAGGAGGCGCUGCCGGACCUCAGUGACCGCCCGGCACCCCCUGACCCCCAGUCUGAGCUGCAGUUUUACCUGGUGGUGGCCUUGGCCUUGAUCUCGGUCCUCUUCCUCCUUACGGUGAUUCUGGCCAUCGCCGUGCGCCUUCGAAGCUCUUCCAGCCCCAGCGCCAGGGGCUUCUUUGGGUCUAUUCUUUGUUCUAAGUCUGGUCCUGAGAUUCCUCAUAACUACAGUGAGGGAACGUUGCCCUAUGCCUAUAAUUUAUGUGUGCCUGGGAAUCAAACUAAUCCAGAACUUAAUUUUCUCACAUCUGUUGAACACUGUCCUGCCACACAAGACAUUCUCAACAAAGAUAGCUCUUCAGUGCUAUUGGGUAGCAUUUUAACUCCUAGUGUUGAAGCAGAUAAGAACACUUUUAAACAGAUUGGGCUCCAGGCGCCGCUGUUCACCAAUUAGGGAACGGGAAGCUUCAAGCUACAGAAUCCCUCCCUCCCCCCUACCUCUACCUCACAAAGCUGAGUGAGGUGGAUACUCACAGAUCCGGAUGCUGAAAACGUAAAAGUACUUCUCUUCGCUCUCUAAUAUAUUUUUGGAUGUAGUCGGCCAGGGACUUCGUAGACACAUAAGCUGAUUCAGAACCAAAAGGCUCAAGAAACCGCGGAAUAUCGGCUCAGCCA